UAACCGAACCAGCUGGCUCCUAGACUAAGGUUGGUAACCUGCACCAGGGAUAAUCUUGUUUUCAACUCACUGGUGGUCAUUUUCAGGAGCCAAGAUCCGCCUCCCCGUUCUCAUCAGAGUUCUUUGAUCCAAAGGACUUUGCCCCCUUCCUUAAGUGACAGAUCAUCCCGCCACUUUCUGCCGCAGGACUGUGGGGAGAGAGACACCUUCCUAUCAAACUCUCCGGAGACCGUCACGGGAGCUGCGCGAGGAGCAGCCCCGGUUGGGGUCGCCUCAGGGACGCGACCCGCAAGCGCGAAGCUGGGGCCGCUGGAGCCGAACAGGGAACGGCGUUUGCCGGGGCCGAGGCGGAAGCCGGAUCCUUUGGCGGACCGGACCGCGGGAACCCGGAAACGCCUGGGCCACACCGAAGCGGCCCGGGCGACAGAGCCGGCGGGAGCCGGCGGUGCUGCGGGUCAGCGGGCGCGGCGGAGCCGACGGGCUCGGCAGCCUGGGUCUCCCGGCGUCGCGGAGCCCGGGGCUCCAGUGCGGGCAGCUGGCCGAGCCGCACGGCGGACAAAUGAAGAGAAAACAAUGUCUGCCAACCUAAAAUAUCUUUCCUUGGGAAUUUUGGUGUUUCAGACUACCAGUCUGGUUCUAACGAUGCGGUAUUCUAGGACUUUAAAAGAGGAGGGGCCUCGUUAUCUGUCUUCUACAGCAGUGGUUGUGGCUGAAUUUUUGAAGAUAAUGGCCUGCAUCUUUUUAGUCUACAAAGACAGUAAGUGUAGUGUGAGAGCACUGAAUAGAGUACUGCAUGAUGAGAUUCUUAAUAAGCCCAUGGAAACCCUGAAGCUCGCUAUCCCGUCAGGGAUAUAUACUCUUCAGAACAACUUACUCUAUGUGGCACUGUCAAACCUAGAUGCAGCCACUUACCAGGUUACAUAUCAGUUGAAAAUACUUACAACAGCAUUAUUUUCUGUGUCUAUGCUUGGUAAAAAAUUAGGUGUGUACCAGUGGCUCUCCCUAGUAAUUCUGAUGGCAGGAGUUGCUUUUGUACAGUGGCCUUCAGAUUCUCAAGAGCUGGACUCUAAGGACCUUUCAGCGGGCUCACAGUUUGUAGGCCUCAUGGCAGUUCUCACAGCCUGUUUUUCAAGUGGCUUUGCUGGAGUUUAUUUUGAGAAAAUCUUAAAAGAAACAAAACAAUCAGUAUGGAUAAGAAACAUUCAACUUGGUUUCUUUGGAAGUAUAUUUGGAUUAAUGGGUGUAUACAUUUAUGAUGGAGAAUUGGUCUCAAAGAAUGGAUUUUUUCAGGGAUAUAAUCAACUGACGUGGAUAGUUGUUGUUCUGCAGGCGCUUGGAGGCCUUGUAAUAGCUGCUGUCAUCAAAUAUGCAGAUAACAUUUUAAAAGGAUUUGCGACCUCCUUAUCCAUAAUAUUGUCAACAAUAAUAUCUUAUUUUUGGUUGCAAGAUUUUGUGCCAACCAGUGUCUUUUUCCUUGGAGCCAUCCUUGUAAUAGCAGCUACUUUCUUGUACGGUUACGAUCCCAAACCUGCAGGAAAUCCCACUAAAGCAUAGUCAUGUCCUAUCCUUAGCUGGAUUUUCACAAUGGUGCCCUAGGAACCUCAACAUGAAUCUUGCACAGAGGACUUCUGCAGAGUCUAGGAAGAGACCAUCAUGCUAAAUCUGACCGUUCUGCUCAAAUGCUUUGAAAACGUGUAGCCUUCAGGAUGAAGGGUGUCCAUCAUCUGCAACCCAAGCUUGCAAGUGUGUCCAGGAAGUAGGGUUAGAGUGGGUACUGGGAGGAGGCCUUCUGUCUGAGCUCCUAAUGACUUCAGCCUUUUAGUUGCUGCAGAACUGUCCAGUGCAGCCUUUGCAAGAGCACACACAUGCAAAUAAAGACCAAGGGUUUGCAAGGUAGAUCUGCCCACGGUUAUCCCAUGUUCUUAACCUUACCCUUUCUGUACAGAUGUAUCAAGUUACAUGAUCUAUUUAAAUGGAAAUUUAUAAUUGCCUAUCAAGCUGUGAACAAACAAAUAUAAUUUAAAACCAUCUUCAUGUAUCCGGGGUUUUAUAUUUAUACAGAAGAUUACUAAGGAAAGGAUUGCUAAAUUUUACUUGUUUAAUUCCAUAAGAUCUGAUGAGGUCAUCUGGGUUUGAAUCAUAUUUAAGUUUAGUGUAGAAUCAAUCUGUGUGUGUGUGUGUGUGUGUGAGUGUGUGUGAGUGUGUGUGUGUGUCUGACCAUUUACUGCUUUGCGGCAGCUGAAUGCAGUCUGGUUCUUCCCGUGCUAGGGUGGCAGUGACUGGCCCUAAUGGAGCUUACUCAGCAUUUCCCAGGUUGUCUCUUUUCUCGUUAUUCUCAUCAUUACAGUAAAUUGAAUUUGUGUGUGCUGCCAUUAAAAAUUUUAAGUGAACUUAAAGGGAUUAAGUACUCAUUUAAUAAUUGAAAAUAAAAUAAUGAUUACUGUCCAGUCUCCAUUUUGAGAAAUCUAAACUAUGAAGCAUAUAUUGAAUGUAGUUUUGAAAUGGAGAAUUUUCUUGUUAAUCUGCAGUAGCAGAUUUCUUUUAAUCUUUGACAGAAACAACAAUCAAAAGAGUGUUAGUUCUCUCAGUGGACCAUGAUUAAACUGAUUUCCUUACAGACAUUCCCUACUGCCAUAGUGUUACUCUCUUUUUUCUUUUUCUUAAAGCAUAUUGUAACUUGUUUUUUUGUUUUUCUUAAGGCAGAUUUUCAUUAUGUAGACCCAACUGGCCUUGAACUCACAAAUAUCUAUCUGGCAGCCUCUGCCUGCUGAGUGAUGGGAUUAAAGGUGUGGGCCAUUCUGCCCACCCCACUACAUUGUUUUAAGGGAGUUGCAUUAUAUUUUAAGUUCUAAGGCUAUUUAGAAGUUUUUAUGUCUUAAAGCCCACUCUCCCCACCUGAUCAUGUGUCUGGCAGAUGUGACUGCCUUCAGGGUUUCCUCUCUGGUGUUCCUGUGAGUCCUUCUGGGAAGGAACAACCAUUUGCUUUAGAAUAGAUUUUUCUUUCUUUUUAACACUGGAGUUGAGAAUACAAAUUAUGAGUUAUUUAAUAAUAGAUUCAAAGGAGAGAGAAUAUAUUAGAAAUAGUAAAAUAAACUGGGAGGCAAAAUACAUUCUAUAUUUGGAAUAUAAGUUAUUUAAUUAUUGUCCAUAUGCAGAAUUACUUAUUGAAUAUAAGAUCUAUUUUAUUCUUUCAUUUAUAUUGUAUAUAUUUUAAAACUUUGUUCAAAUAGAUACAAACCUGUAAAAGGUAAUUAUUUUUUAUGUAGUUCUAAUAGAUUUUGUUAAAUGGAAUUUGACUCAAAAGCACUGUUGUUAAGAACUGUAAGGUUCCCUUGGCAACCUUGGAUUGGCUAUUUGAUCUUGUCAGAGCAAAUGUACUUUCAACAGUGAACAUGGCUAACCAAUUCCAUUCAGAGUUUCAAAGUACUGAAAACGAUAGAAUAUUUAACAUCAUUGCACCGAUGAGGAUAAAGUGAUAGCAGGCUUUCUGAAUGCCUGGUUUAUGGUUUUCAGUGACUGCCUUUUAGAGCUUGACUAUUUUGAGCAUGGUGUGAGGCCAGCACAGCAUUCAAGCAUAUGUCCUAGGAUCUGUAACUAAGUACAACCCAGAUCCUGCAAAUACACCAAGUUCAAGAGGACAGAUUCAUAGUCUGCUCAUAUUAAAGCAGUGUGUGGGCAAGUGUGUUAAUACAGUGUGGAUUCAAAAUGAAUGGUUAUUUAGAUCUAGUCUACCCUGUCUUAACCCUACAGCAAUAUAGUCAAAGAAGCAGUUGGAUAGUAAGGUUGUUCAAGUUAUAAUACAUUUUAGAUGUCUGAAAAUCUUUUAUGCAUCAUUUUUAUUUUUCCUUUCUAGUCAGUUAAAAAGUAACUGUACUGAAUGCACAGACUAACAAAUUUAUAAGGAAAUAAUAACAUGUGGGGGAAGUGGGCUUGUAACCUAGAUUGUGUCAUAUAUAUUGAUGCUGAAAUUUUGUGUAAUGUGGUUUGUGUUUUGAUGACAUUCAAAGGUGUUAUUGUGUCAUGCUUUCAUAACUCUUCUAUUAUUUAAAAUGUAUGCUUUUAAAGGUGUACUUGUUAUUUCUCAGCUACUUUCACUAAAGGCACGUGUGAGUUCAUGGAGAAGAUUGCCUGCCAGCUGAGAGCUGUAGUAAGGUUAGGCACAGCACACUGGGAGAAAGCUUCGUGUCCCGGGUAGGCCCUUAGUGCAGCAACAGCAGCUCUUUACUGAACGGUUUUCAGGUUGUAAGUUGCCUGUGCAGUAGAACACAGAGGUUGGAGGUUCAGAACUGACAUGUUUACAUCAAUUUCUAUGGAAUGACACAGAAUUUCAGAUGAGAAAAAGGCAACUUGAUAUUUAAACCACAGUCUUAAGAAAUUCCAAAAAGAGAUUAAUCGACAUUCUGCUCUGAACCCUAAAAUAGAAUACUGUUCUUACAAAUCAAGUUACGAGACUUUAAAAUGUCAUUAUACUGUCAUGCAAUGAAGUGUUUUUGUUUCCUUGUCUUUUUGAGGCAGCAUCUUAACUGUGCCACCCUGGCUGCCUGGGGAUUACUGUGUAGACCAGGCUGGCUUGGAACCUCACGAAGAUCUGCCUGCCUCUGCCUUCAGAGUGCUGGGAUUAAAGGUGUGGGCCACCACCCCCAUUUGAGUUUUGUUUUGUUUUACUUAGUUUUUAAAGAAAGGCUUUAGUGUCACUCAUUCUAUUUAAACAUUCAUUGUAGAAUAUUUUAUUACUAUAUAUUUUUACCCUGGAUUUAUAAAAAGUAAUUAUGUUAUACUGAAAGUCAUCUCAAGGAUCUCCACGAUAGUUAAAGAAGUAAUUGAAUAGGGCCAACAAAAAUGCACCUUUAUCACAGUCUGGUCCUAUGUGCCUUGCUUUACCAAAUAAAUACCUGACUUUUAUGGAGAAUAUACUGUAAUUUACAACUGUAGACACAUACUUGAAAGUGGGAUUUUUUUUUCAAGAAUAACUAUAGUUCUAGCUUUUGGUUGUUUCAACAUUUUCCCUCUAAAUCUAUUGUCUAACCACCUGAUACUAAGUAUCCUAUUAAAGUAUCUAUGAACAGCACUUGCUUACGUGAGUUGUGACACCUGCACCAUGAUUCAGGUUUGAGACUUUACCAUUUGUAUAUAAUUGUUUGUUUGUUGUUUCUUUUCUUGUAAGACAUGAUUUGUUGUGAUUUAAAACAAUACUUUUAAAUGAUUUUGACCCUAAAUUGAUAUAUGUCUGUAUUUCAUUUAUAAAAAAAAUAUUUUUUGAGGUUUGGGAAUAUGAUUUGUUGUAUGUUUAAGUUUUAUGGAUAUAUAAUUCAAAGCAAUGUAUAAACUGUCUUUUAUUAAGUGGAUUUUUAGAUGAUGAAUUUCUCAUGUCAAUUUAUGGUACCAUUAUUAUAUAUAUAUUUAAUAGAUAAGAGAAAUCAAUAAUUUUCAUAAAUAACUUCAUAUAGUUUUCUAUAUUUCCAUUUUCCAUUUUUACCUGUGUCUGAUUUAAUCUGGGGAUUGGUUGCUUAUUUUUAUAUUUCAGGAAUGAAUUGCUUAUCUUCAUCUCUUGGAAACUUUUUAUCACAAGUCAUUUUGCUUUGUUUUAGCCAGAAACUAGCUUUUAUUUCAAGUGGUUAGAAUUUCUCUGCCUCUAUAAUAAUCACAGCCGAAAAGUAUUUAGUUUGAAAUAAAAUACUUCUUUGCUGCUGACA